AUGCGCUUCCGCCCUCCUGCAGUUUGCGAGGGUCUGAAGCCCUUGUCCAGCAUAUUUUUAGCUAGGACAAAUAAAUGUAUCUUAUUAAAUAAUGCAAAUAUAAUAAAUUUCAGAGAAAGCCUGCAAAUAAUUGCCGUUCCAGCUGCUCGUGCAACUCGCGAAGUCCCUCCAGCUGCUGCUGCGCAGCUCAAGGGGCCCCUCACGCAGCGCUGCUGCAGUUACAGAUGCUGCAGCACCAGCUGCAGCAGACGUGGCCUUGCCACGCAGGCAUCAUGUUCUCUUCCCGAGGUGACCCCUGCCAUUGUUGGAUCUCAGCUUGUGCGAGACCCGUACGACCAGUUGGCUGCUGCCCAUCCCGCCGCCGACAGCAGCAGCAGCGGCAGCAGCAGUGACAGCAGCAGCAGCGGCAGCAGCAGUGACAGCAGCAGUAGCAGCAGCAGCGUGUGUGGGGGCCCUGAUCGCUAUGUGUUUGUGCGGGAUCCGAGUACCGGUGAGGUGAUAGGUCGUACCCCCAACCUGGGUGUUGCCUGGGUUCGCGCUGCAGUGAGUGCUGCAGCAACAGCGCAGCCGGGGUGGGGUGGCAGCUCGGUGCUGCUCCGCAGCAACUUGCUGCUGCAGUGGCAUCGGCUUAUAGAGGAAAGGAAGGAGUCGUUAGCGCAGCUCAUUACCUUAGAAAGCGGCAAGCCAAUCCCUGAGAGCAGGCAAGAGGUGUUGUAUGCAGCUUCUUAUAUUCGUUGGAGUGCAGAAGAAGCACGGCGACUAAACGGCCUCGUUAUACCUGCAGCAGACAGCAGCAGCAGCAGCAGCAGCAGUAGCGGGAGGAGCAAGUUGCAGUACACGUUGAAGGAACCAUUGGGAGUUUGUGCGCUUAUUACACCCUUCAAUUUCCCUCUAGCUAUGGCUGCUCGUAAGGCAUCUGCAGCACUUGCUGCAGGUAACUCUUGUGUGCUGCGGCCAUCAGAAGAAACCCCCCUCUCUUCUUUAGCCCUAGCAGCAGCAGCACGAGAAGCAGGUCUUCCUCCUGGUUUGUUGAACGUCGUGCCUUCGUGUCGCGCGGGGGCUGCUGCUUUUGCUGCGGCAGUUGCAGCAGAAGACGCCGUUGCAGUGCUGUCCUUCACAGGCUCGACAGCUGUGGGGCGCCAUCUGUACAGACAGUGCGCAUCAACAACCAAGCGGCUGCUGUUAGAGUUAGGAGGCAACGCUCCCUUUGUUGUCUUCGCAGAUGCAGACUUACAAGAGGCAGUCUUGGGGCUGCUGGCAGCAAAGCUGCGCUGCUCUGGGCAGGCAUGCGUUAGUGCCAACCGGGUGUACGUACACGGUAGCGUCUUUGAUGAGUUCGCACGCCAAGCAACACGUCUCUUUAAGCAGCAGAAAGUUGGCUGCGGCAGACAACUUGGAGUAUCUGUGGGGCCCCUCAUCAACCCCGCUGCUGUCGAGCGCGCACAAAGCCUCGUCGCAGAUGCAUGCAACAAGGGAGCCAAACUCCUUCUCGGCAACAACAGCAGCAGCAGUAACACCAGUGGCGGCAGCAGCAGCAACCCCAGCAAGAGUGGCAACAGCGGCGGUUACUUCUUUCCAGUGACGGUGUUGGACUGUCGAGGGAUUAGCGCUGAUGCUCGUGUGUGUGCGGAGGAGUUAUUUUCUCCAAUUGUUUGUUUAUAUGAUUUUGAAGAAGAGGAGGAGGUUAUGCACUUAUGUAAUUCAACAGAAGCAGGACUUGCUUCCUAUUUCUUUACUCGUGAUCUGAGUAGAGCCUUAAGGGUCGCACAACGCAUGCAAGCAGGCAUGGUGGGCAUUAAUUCAGGGAUUAUUUCUUCUUGUGAAAUUCCCUUUGGUGGAUGCAAAUCCUCAGGGUUCGGCAGAGAAGGAUCUGUUCUCUGUCUUGACGACUACACAAACACUAAAGUAGUAAUCGUUAAAUACUAA